UUAAAGGAACAUUUUGUAACUGAACGGGAACAGCAGAACUUAGUGGAGAGAUUCUCAAGACAACGGCGAAAGAGCUCAAAGGAAGAUGGCUGAGGGAAGCACAGUGAACAUGCAUAUGCUACAUGAGUCAUUCAAGAAGUUUGCGGCCUAUGGAGACACCAAAGCCACCGGCAAUGAAAUGACUGGAAAAAACUGGGCCAAGCUGUGCAAAGACUGCAAAAUCAUUGAUGGCAAAAACAUCACCUCAACAGACGUUGACAUAGUCUUUUCGAAAGUGAAGGCCAAAACAGCUCGCAUAAUCACCUUUGAAGAGUUUAAAGAUGCUCUGGCAGAGCUGGCCCCAAAGAGAUUCAAAGCCCGAAGUAAGGAGGAAGCUACUGAGGCUGCUUACAGGCUGAUUGCAGGGAAAGAGCCAGCAAAUGUUGGUGUGACGAAAGUAACGAAGACUGGUGCUGUUAACAGGCUGACUGACACGUCCAAGUAUACAGGAUCCCACAAGGAACGAUUUGAUGAAGGUGGAAAAGGCAAAGGGAAGAUUGGUCGAGAGGACGUAUUCGAGAAUACAGGUUAUGUGGGAGCCUACAAAGGAGCUGGAACAUAUGAUGGAAAGGCAAAAUGUUAAACGUGAUUUCUGGUUUAUUUGGCUUGGUUAACCUGCUAAAGACUUAGUAAAAUGUAUAAUCAUUCAGCUUUAACAAGCUUUUAGUUGAAAAUAAUUAUAAUAUAUAACAUGAUUUUCAGUAUGGAAACACAGAUUUACGCUAAAUCUUUCUGUAUUUUAUGUAGAAAUUAGUCCUUUAAAAAUAAACAUUUAA